AAAAUAUAUGAUAAAGGUUUUCAAAGAAAAAUACUAGAAGACAGUAAACUAACAGAUAUAUCAUGUAACUUUAAAGAUUUUGGGGAUGGUAAAAUAGCAAUACCACUGGACAAUGAAACAUCUGAUAAAGUGGAUAAUUUAUUAGUGGAGAGUAGUAUGGUUUGUACCUGUAAUACUGACAGUAUUAACUUUGAUUUACUCAGGACUUUACCGAUGUCUGGAUAUCAGAUAGCUCAGGUGAAAUUUAGAGCUAAAAAACCUAAACCAAAAACGCCAUAUGAAGAACUUGUGUUGAGUCUUACUGAUCUGGCUCAUAAAUAUGAUAUACUUAUGACUGAACAGUUACAGAGAGAUAUUCCACACCACUGGGAAAAACAUGGAGAUCUUGCACUACUACCACCAAACUGCUUUUGUGAUGAUAAUUGGAAAAAAGCAGGUGAAGAGUUAUGGUCUGUAAUCUGUAAAUGUUUACAUUGUUCAAGAGUUGCCAGGAAGGAUGUGAUCUCAACAGAUGGUUUCAGAACACCACAGGUCAAGUUAUUACAAGGAGAUACUGGAUGGGUUGAACAUAAAGAUAACAGAAUUAGGUACACCUAUGACAUAACAAAGUGUAUGUUCAGUGCUGGGAAUGUUACGGAAAAGCUAAGAAUUGCAAAGUUUGAUUGUUCCAAUGAAACUGUUGUUGAUUUGUAUGCAGGUAUUGGAUACUUCACUCUCCCCUACUUAGUUCAUGCAAGGGCUAAACAGCUUCAUGCUUGUGAAUGGAAUCCUGAUGCAGUGGAAGCUUUGAAGAAGAACUUGCAGUUAAAUGGAGUUGAAGAUAGAUGUACUGUUUACCAAGGAGACAACAGAAAGAUUUGUCCAACACAUGUUGCUGAUAGAGUAAACCUAGGCCUGAUACCAAGUUCAGAAGAUGGGUGGCCUGUGGCAUGUGCUGCUCUGAAGCCAACUGGUGGCAUUUUCCAUGUACAUUACAAUGUAGAAUCUAAGAUCAAACAGACUGAAGUCAGUGACAUUAAUAAUUCCUUUGAAAGAAGUGAAUCUAGAAUUAAAAAUGAAAGAGAUACAGGAACUAAUGUACGAGGUGACAGUGUAUCAAAACAUAUAGACAGGAAGAACACUUGGACAGAGUGGGCUGAACAGACUUGUGGAACAUUACAUAAACUGAUGUGUAUAGCUCAUUCUGAAUCAAAGUGGAAUAUAUCAGUCUUGCACAUAGAACAUGUCAAAUCUUAUGCACCACAUGUUGAUCAUGUGGUUGUGGACUUCAAAUGUUGUCCAAUAUAAAUAUAGAUAUUAUAUUUUCUAUCACAUGCAGGUCAUGUGACCCUAUGAUUGCAAUAUUGGACUGUCAUGUUCAGUAAUAACAUACUAUAAGCCAAUGUAAAGGUUCAUAUCACUUGUGGAUCGUAUGAUAAUGGAUUUAAAAUAAAAACCAUCGUGAAUUUUUUUA